AUGAACCUGACGCUGGACCAUCGAGUGCUGAUCCUUUCAGAGCUUCGUUGGAAGCAAACUCCGGCCUGGACCUUGGCUUUGAUGCUGAAUCAUGUCAUGGUGGUGCAUCUUCACUUUAUGAACCUUCUAGUGAUUUCCUGGAACGAUGCAAUGACAGUGCAGUCUGCGAUCUCAGACCAGUUCAUCAAAGGUGCACGGCUGACAACCCUAACUAUGCCUUGGGAAACUCCGCUGAUGAGACAAAUUUUUGGGGAGGACCCACAAGGCGCACGUUUAUCCAUGCCUUUGGACUGGGGUGACUCAGCUGUGCCGACCGUGGGCUCCACUGGAUCUGGCAUUGAACAUCCGGCCAUCCCCUCAGUGAGCUGUCAGCAGAGUUUUCAAUUCAUUAGACAUACACCUGAUGCGACGUACAUUCAACAGCGUGACAAGACAUUGCAGAGCGCAUUGCAGAAGUGGCGCUUCCUGGUUAUGUUGGAGCCUGAAGCAUCAGAUGUAGGGAAACAACUAGUUGGAAAAGAUGAACAAGAGACUGAACUAGUGUUGCUGUACGGUCGAUGCCGAGUUUCAGAUGUAAACUACAUCCAUGAGAUCCUUCACGAUGUCAGUGGUUCCACUGGGUUCUUGGAGGUGACGACGAGGUACCACAAGUCGGCGUGUACUGCUCAACAGAAAGCACUGUUGAUGCCGAUUUUGGUUGGGAGCGUUGGUGUGACAGCUUUCCCAUGGAUACAGGCAUGGAUCAGCAAUCGCAAGGCAUGUGGCUUGCCAACGUCAGGGAUUGUCGAUGGAGCCCUGAUGCCGGCACCUCUGAUGGGCGACUCAGUCCAAUGGUUGAAACGGCCGUUGGCCCCUGGGGAAAUUUCAGGAAUCUUGAAGAAUUUUCUGAAGAGCUCUGACGAGAACCUCACGAGCCAUAGCCUCAAGGCAACGGCCCUCAGCUGGGCCGCAAAAGCUGAAGUACCACGGGAGCAAAGAAGAGUAUUAGGAAGGCAUGCAGCAGCAGUUCAGGGGUCAGACACUUUUUACAGUCGUGACCUUUGUGUGGGACCGGUGAACUCCUUGCAAAAGGUGGCCCAUGUCGUGAUGCAGCCUUUCACUCCUGCAUACUUGAACAAGUCACAGCCGGCUACACCAUGUGCUGCACCGGCAACACCAGCUGCACGUGGAUUGGGUGCACAACAGACAGACGUGCUGCAUGCCGAUGCCUCAGUUGAAGUCAAGGAAGAGCCAUCUUGGGUCUUACCGAGGAGUGAUGUUGAGAGACGAGUCAUUGAGAUUUCAUCAGACUCGAGUGGUGAGAGUUCUGAAAGCGUCACAUGUUGUGAUACAUCAAGUGUUGCAGACACGGUUGACCUGGAGGAAGAUGACCGUCACGAGCUGCAGGUUGAACCCAGUGACAUGGGACGAAAGGCGCAGACCUUAGCAAUGAAUACCAAGACAAAAAUCAUUCAUGAGUGUCGCAGCAGUAGUGACAUGCAAAUAUGUGAGCAGAGCUAUUUCGAAGAGCUUAUGCUGGGUUCUUUGACGUCCUGUGGGCGUGAGCUGACAAAGACCUAUAAGCUGGUGCUGGGGCCCCAUGACUGGACUGCAAAAUGCAGAAUUUGUUUCAAAGGCAGACGUGCGCCUUAG